UCAAAAUUGAGCAUAAGAGUCGAAAUCCCAGCGGAAAAACAUCUACAUUCUAAAGGAGGAAACAAAUCCGAUGGAGGUUUGUUAAUAGUUGGCUCUUUCCAUAUAUUAGUCACGAUUCAUACCCCAAUAUUUUCAAUUCUUCUGUAUAAAUCUCCUUCAACAUCUUCAACAACAUUACCCAACGGCCAUAAUCCUCUUCACAAGAUGGAAGCGCAAAAUUAUGAAUCUGCACAUAUGAUUGAGGUCCAUGGAGAUCUACCGACUACGGAAAUAAAUUUGGGUGGGAGUAAGAUUUGUGGAGGAGCAGCAUGUGGAUUUUCAGAUGCUAGAACCAGUUCUAAAGAUGCGAAAGAACGGUCAGCAUCGAUGCGGAAGCUUUUGAUGGCAGUUGUACUUUGUAUUGUCUUCAUGAGCGUAGAAGUUGUUGGAGGAAUCAAAGCCAAUAGUCUUGCCAUCUUGACAGAUGCAGCUCAUUUGUUAUCAGAUGUUGCAGCCUUUGCAAUCUCCUUGUUUUCACUUUGGGCAUCAGGAUGGGAGGCAACCCCACGUCAGUCUUAUGGUUUUUUUAGGAUUGAAAUACUUGGUGCACUGAUUUCCAUCCAGAUGAUAUGGCUUCUUGCCGGGAUCCUUGUGUAUGAAGCCAUUGCUAGACUGAUCUAUGAUACUGGUGAAGUUCAGGGCUUUCUUAUGUUUGUUGUUUCUGCAUUUGGUUUGGUGGUUAAUAUUGCCAUGGCACUCUUAUUGGGUCAUGAGCAUGGUCACCACCAUGGACAUGGUGUGGAUGAGCAUGGCCACAGCCAUGAGGAUCAUGUUCAUGGACAUAGCCAUGGGAUAAGCAUAGCUACAAAUCAACACCAUCAUCAUCAUCAUUUGGGAAGCUCACAGGACAAUGAUCAGCAUUAUCAUACACAAGAAUCAGAUCAAUCUGAGCCUCUGCUUAGGACUUACUCAGGAGGUGAAGCUAAAAUGAAAGAUGGACCUAAACAGAAUAAACAACGGAACAUCAAUGUGCAAGGAGCUUAUCUUCAUGUGUUGGGGGAUUCCAUACAGAGUGUUGGGGUGAUGAUUGGCGGGGCAAUAAUUUGGUAUAAACCAAAAUGGAAGAUUAUUGAUCUGAUAUGUACACUUGUAUUCUCAGUAAUUGUAUUAGGCACAACAAUCAGGAUGUUGCGGAAUAUUUUAGAGGUUCUGAUGGAGAGUACACCAAGAGAGAUUGAUGCCACUAGGCUUGAGAAGGGUCUUUGUGAGAUGGAUGAGGUGGUUGCCAUUCAUGAGCUGCACAUCUGGGCCAUAACAGUUGGGAAAGUUUUAUUGGCUUGUCAUGUGAAGAUCAAGCCUGAAGCAGAUGCUGACAUGGUACUAGACAAGGUCAUAGACUACAUUAGGAGAGAAUACAAUAUUAGUCAUGUGACCAUUCAGAUUGAGCGCCAAUAGAUGGAACGGAUGCAAUCGAUUGUAGAAAUUAUAAUAAUUUAGUUUAUAUUUCGUUUUUCUUCUCAA